CUUAGACACUCGUUCAUACUUUCCCCAGGCCUUCCGGCCUAGAUGUCAUCUCAGCUUUCGAAAGAGGACCAUGAAACACUACAUCUGCUGGUGCAACAUGUUCUACGUGCCUUCUACGAGCCGAAGUACACUGUCGUAAUGGACCAGCUGGUCCGGCACCCGGUUCUCAAAGAUGAUGACUUGGCCGGGAGGAUGGGUUUCCAACUGAAGGAGCUCAAUAAGGUGAUGGUCGUUCUGGAGAAUGACAAGCUGGUCAAAGUUCACCGCCAAAAUGAGCUCAAGGAGGGUGCUCAGAGAUCUGUUGGACGGCAGUACUAUUAUAUCGACUACCAACAGUUCUGCAAUGUUGUCAAGUGGCGUGUGGCGGAAAUGCGCCGGCGGAUAGACUCUACCUUGAGAAAUGAACUUGACAACAAGGGAUACAUCUGCUCGCAGUGUCAAAAGCUAUUUUCCCCUUUGGAAGUUGACAAGCUGAUGGAUUUCGCUGCUGGAACCUUCAUUUGCGACAUCUGUCACGCCGAGCUCGUCGACAAUGAGAAUGCGGAAAGUGUUCGCGGCAGCCAGGACCGUAUGCAACGUUUCAACAGGCAGAUGCGCUUCAUUCGAGAGGGUCUCCGAAAAACUGAGGACAUGGUUCUCCCUGCGUUUGAUGUGGCUGUCUGGAUCAAGAAGAACAUCGAAGCGGAGAGGGCGAAGGCCGCUGCUCAGUCGGGCGGGCUCAGAAUUGCUGGCUCGGCUGGAGACGGCAGGCACGAGGACACCAUAGGAGUCGUCAUGUCGGUGGACAAGGACGAAGCCACUCAGCGGGCCGAGCGGGACAGAGAAGCCGCUGCUAAGCGCAUGCAGAAUAUACUACCCGCCUGGCACCUCAAGAGUACCAUAUCUGGCGACCUCACCGCGCUUGGCAUUCGGGAGCAUGCGAGGGCGGAGCAGCAGGCGGAAGUGGAUGCGAACCGGCUACCAAGCUCGAACGAUGCGAUCCUGCGCGGGCUGACCAAGGUGGAGCCUCAGCCAGUGCGCAACAUCGACCUGGAUGUGAACGUGAAGCCGGUGGUUACCCAGAUGAACGAUGCGGAAUAUUACGACCAGUAUUAUGCCUCGUUGGUCGCCUCGAACAGUACCUCCGCGCAGGAUACUCCCGCCCUCACCAAUCUCAGCGAGUUUGGCGAGGAAGAAGAGGACGUCAAGCCGAAUCUUGAGUAUCUUGACUCGCUGAACGAAUACCGAAAGCGCUCGCGAUCACUGGAAGACAGUGGCCUUGACCGAGGUCCGAGCAAAACCCCGAAACUUAACGGUCACUCGCUGUCGAAUGGGUUCGCGCCUCCUGCUCCUGAGCCCGAGCCCGAGCCACCGGUCAUGGCUGAAGAAGGGCCAGCGCCAGAAGGGCUUAUGGAUGAUCCCAUUGUAUAUGUGAACGGUGAUCGAAUGAAGUUCUCCGGGGUUACCGAGGAACACCAGGAGAGCAUGACACCCGAAGAGUAUACGGCCUACUUCGAGAUAUUCCAGUCUCGUUCGUAGGGUCGCUUAGCUCUUUCGGCAUCGGAGGGACGCUGUGCGCCAUACUGAUGUAUCGAGUAGACGUAUUGUAUACCAUUGUGCUAAUAUACAUCAGAUUUUAAUAGCAU